AUGGCCGCGAAAUCUGAUGGUGCACCCGUCUCUCCACGAAACGAAAUCCCCCCCGAGUGUCCCUCCAGGUCGGACACGCGUCCUCCCCAGCACCGCCCUGCCGAGCAGCGCUACUCGCUCCCGGACUGCUGCUGGACGCUGUGCGCCCUUUUGGUGUUCUUCUCGGACGGGGCCUCAGACCUGUGGCUGGCCGCGGACUACUACCUCCGGAGGUCCUACUGGUGCUUUGCACUGACUCUGGUCUUUGUGAUCAUUCCGUCCGUGGUCGUGCAAGUGUUGAGCUUCCGAUGGUUCGCCUACGAUUUCUCGGAAACCGUCGAGAGCGGCACGGCCGCGGCCGCCGUGGUGGGGGCGUCGGUAGCGGAGGAGAGCGACUUCAGCACCAAGGACAGCGGCGAGCGGGGCGCUGGCCGCUCUGCCGAGGCCGGGGUGCUGCCUGGGCCGGGCACCGGGGGAGGAGCCCGGGGCUGCUGCAGAGCCUUCAUAUGGCUCUUCCAGGCCAUCAUUCACAUCUUUCAGUUGGCACAGGUCUGGAGGUAUGUCCACGCCCUGUAUUUGGGUGUGCAGAGCCGCUGGCACAGAGACCCUGAGCGCCGACACUACUACUGGCGCAUGAUGUUUGAGAGCGCCGAUAUCAGCAUGCUGCGUCUGCUCGAGUCCUUCCUGAAGAGCGCCCCUCAGCUGGUGCUGCAGCUCAGCAUCAUUAUCCAGGCCAAACAGGUGCUGCCCCUUCAGGGGCUUUCAGCUUCUGCCUCACUGGUAUCCCUCGCCUGGAUGCUCGCCUCCUAUCAGAAAGCCCUGAGGGACUCCCGGGACGAUAAGCUACCCAUGACCUACAAGGCCGUCAUAGUUCAGAUUCUGUGGCACCUGUUUGCCAUCGGUGCCCGUACUCUGGCCUUUGCCCUGUUCGCCUCUGUGUUCCAGCUUUACUUUGGCAUCUUUAUUAUGGCCCAUUGGUGCAUCAUGACAUUUUGGAUCAUUCAAGGCGAGACGGACUUCUGCAUGUCCAAAUGGGAGGAGAUUAUCUAUAACAUGAUGGUGGGCAUCGUGUAUGUUUUCUGCUGGUUCAGUGUUCGAGAGGGACGCACUCGCUGCAGGAUGCUCAUCUACAGCCUGACUGUUUUCGUUGAGAACGUGGCGCUCACCACUGCCUGGUAUUUGUACCGCGACACUCUUACCCCAGACUUCUUCGCCGUCAUCAUGGUGUGCGUGGUGGCCAGCAGCUACGCUCUGGGCACCUUCUUCAUGUUUGUGUAUUACUGUCUGCUGCACCCUGACGGCCCGGUCUCAGGGUGGGGUUAUAUUGUGGAGAAGGAGGUGCCUCUGGAGAUGCUGGCCUCCCCAGCUACCAGCCUCCCCCCUGACGUGGUGAGCAGCCCCCCCAGAACCCUUCAGAGAACUAAAGGGUCAGAAAGAGAGCAGGGCUCUGGGGUGGAUGGAGACGUGUUUCAGGUCCGACCGCUUCGGGGAGCUCAGGCCCCAGUGCCCAACCUAACGCCCAGGACAGAGGGGCCUGUCAUCCGCAUAGACCUGCCCAGGAAGAAGUACCCUGCCUGGGAUGCUCACUUCAUCGACCGCCGGCUGCGUAAAACCAUCCUGGUGCUCGAAAGCGCCGCCCCGGUCACGCCAAGGAUUCAGUACCGCUGUCUGGGCACACCCAAAGAAGUGAUGGAGUACGAGACCACUGUGUGAUGUGCCGGAAGAGGCUCUAACUCAGCUAGAGCCGCGUGGACACCCUGCCUUAAAUAAAAUGGCAGGUGGAUGACUCUCA